UUAUUGCUCCGUUACCAUACAAUAAAUCAGCGGAAGUGACGUCUACUCCCUACAGCCCCAGGGCGGAAGCACUAGCGUUUGUUGAGUGAGCGGGAUAACAGGAUCGUGUUCCCUCUUCUCUCCUAUUGGUCAUGGUGUCCUUGCUGUGCCGAGGAGUUGGGGGGCUGCUCAGGUCCUUGGCCGGGAUUAACUCAAGCCAAGCCGCAAGAUGCACCAGUGUUUCCAGUGGAAUCUUGGGGCUCCAGUGCUCCCCAUUCCGAUGGUUCUCCAAAGGCGCCACGUCCAGCGAGUACCCGAAGCGGCCGCUGACAGCGUAUCUGCGCUAUUCUAUUGAGCAGCGACCCAAACUCCACAAACAGUAUCCCGAAGCCAAAAUGAUGGACCUUACAAAGAUAAUCGCUCUGGAGUGGAAAGGCCUCCCCUCCGCAGAAAAAGAGCGGUAUGAAGUCGUUGCAAAUGCCGAACAGAAGAAGUACAGAGAGGAGGUGAAACAGUACAGAGAGAAGCUGAGUCCAAUGCAACUAGAGUUACACAGGGAGCAGAGGAGGCAGAGACUGGCCAAAAGGAAGAGUGUGAGGAAAAAAAGGGAGCUGACUGUAUUGGGACGGCCCAAAAGACCCCGCUCUCCUUUCAAUAUAUUUAUGUCUGAGCACUUUCAGGAUGCCAAAGGCGCCUCUAGUCAGUCGAAGAUGAAGAGUCUGCGGGAUGAUUGGGAGAGGCUACACACUUCCCAAAAGCAGACUUACAAUCAGCUGGCAGAGGACGACAAGAUCCGCUAUGAGAAUGAAAUGAAGUCCUGGGAGGAACAGAUGAUGGAGAUCGGCCGAGGGGAUCUUAUUCGGCUGAAGCAGAGGAAGAGGUUUAAGAAGCCCAGGGCCAUGGGGGUUUCCUCGGCAGCUAAAAAAAGACUGACUGGGUCCUCCGGCCACGGGGAAGGCUUAAGGGAGGGCAGUGCCCACAGGCAACAUGAAGAAUAAAUCCUGGGAUCAUCCUUUUCUACUAAGCUGCCCAUUUACUGCUUUAUGGACAUAACUGUACCCUCUGUGUGCCCAUUAGUCCGGCUGGCAAGGUAGUAUGGCCCACCGGCCUGGCUCUAGGGGGGGCUGGGCCCCAGCAAUUAACCCUCGCAGCUGCUGUUGAUGUACAACUCCCAGCACUGACUGCCAGCCAAUGGCUGCUGGGAGUUGUAUAGAAUCAGCUACAGCUGGGGCACCCUUCCCAAUAAUCUGUUGGGCAAAAGGGAGAUUUAUUACUUUCCUUUGAAUCACAUGUGCAGUGGGGCCCCGGCUUCCAUGACAGCUAUGGUGUCUUGUGUAAGCCAAAUAAAGGCAGAUUUUUACUGUCAGGCCCAGAAACAGUCACGCCGUUAUUUACUGGCAGUCAGCGGUGCGACGCAACCAUUUAGCGCCUGUUACUAUGACAACAUAUCCUUGCUUUUGCCUUAGUUUUUUUUUUUGUGUGUGUUCUCUGAGUAAUUGUACGAAUCCAUCCAUUCUCAGCACUGCUAUUUAAAUUAUUAAUACAAAUGUUCUAUUUUUGCAUUCACAUUUUUGUAACCUACCAACAAUGCCGGCAAGUAAAAAUAAAAACAAAAACUUGUUUUAUA